GCAAACGAAGCUCAGCUAGAUGCUCGAGUUGUACGGUUUUCUGAGGGUGGCAAGUAAAGUACAGUCUCAUAUGUGAAGUGUGAACCAAAACUACUCAUGCUGUGAAGCUUGUCGUUUCAGCUCUUUGGCAGCUUCUCUGUGGUGAAGUUGGAGUUUCUCAUCACCAGGAACUCAGACCGUGAGUCCGGGGGUAUCGAUCUCUGCAUCAUGCUCAUGUAGCUUUGCUAGCUUCUUGCGCGCGCACACUACGUACGUACAUCAGUCCUUUUUCCUAGCUAAGAUAUGGUGGCCUUUGGAAAGAAGCUGAGAGAAUCACAAAUUGAAGAAUGGCAAGGAUGCUACAUCAAUUACAAAUUAAUGAAGAAGAAAGUUAAUCGAUACAGACAACAGAUUGAGGUCGGAACACAAAAUGGUGAUAAUUUUCUGAUGGACUUCUCAAGAUUGCUCGACUGUGAGAUCGAAAGGAUUGUCCUUUUCCUGCUAGAACAACAAGGGCAACUUGCUACCAGGUUAUCCGAUCUUAGACAACAGCACCAUGCUCUUUUACAGCAGCCAGAUGGAUCAAAAAUAUCUGAAUUACAGGAAGCAUAUAGAGCAGUUGGAUGUGAUCUUUUAAGGCUUCUCUCUUUUGUUGAGAUCAAUGCCAUUGGUUUGCGUAAGAUAUUGAAAAAGUUCGAUAAGCGGUUUGGUUAUAAGUUCACCGACUACUAUGUCAAAACUCGUGCAAAUCAUCCUUACUCCCAGCUGCGACAAGUUUUCAAGCACGUGGGGUUUGGUGCCGUCGUUGGAGCCAUAUGUCGCAAUCUCGCAGAUCUUCAAGACCUUCAACACCAUCAGGGGAACUACAUAUCGAUAUAUGAUCACCCUGCUUUAUCCCACCCGGAUCCUGUCAUCGAUUCUAUUAGGUCAGCUGUAGAGAAAUUAUCAAACUCUACAAAUUACCUUCACUUUUUGGGAAGACAUGCCUUUAUCAUGGAGGACGACUUGCCAACUCCAUCUCAAGAUGAUAGUGCUGACCAGAGAUAUCAUUUUAUGUCACUUCUCCUGAACUUGGUAAACACAUUUCUAUAUAUGGUCAACACAUACAUUAUAGUUCCGACAGCAGACAGCUACUCCUUGAGCCUUGGAGCUGCAGCAACAGUCUGUGGAGUUGUGAUAGGUUCUAUGGCUGUUGCUCAGGUGUUUUCUUCAGUUUAUUUUAGUGCAUGGUCAAAUAGAUCGUACUUCAGGCCCCUUGUAUUUAGUAGUGUUGUCCUUCUUGUGGGAAACACCUUAUAUGCUCUGGCUUUUGAUCUGAAUUCAAUAUCUGUUCUUCUGAUUGGUCGGCUCUUCUGUGGGUUAGGUUCUGCAAGGGCUGUUAACAGGCGUUAUAUCAGUGAUUGUGUACCCCUCAAAUUGAGAAUGCAGGCGUCUGCAGGUUUUGUAAGUGCGAGUGCGCUUGGAAUGGCAUGUGGUCCAGCUCUUGCUUGUUUACUCCAGAAGAAUUUUAAGAUUUCAAAGCUUACUUUCAAUGAGAAUACAUUGCCCGGUUGGCUUAUGACUCUUGCGUGGCUUGUCUACUUAUUGUGGUUAUGGAUUUCUUUUAGAGAGCCUUCUCUUGAGACUAAAGAAACUGCUGUGCCGCAGGAAGCUAACGCUGGACCAUUGGCAAAAGUUGCUGUAAAUAGUGAUUUCACUCAACCAUUGCUAGUGAAAUCAGAAGCUAAGCAACAAGAUGAUGGCGAAGACCAAGAAUGUGAUGAUAUUGAAGAAGAUUCUGGGGAAUUUCAAAAGCCUGUCACGUCAAUUGUGAUGGCAUAUAGACUACUUACACCAUCAGUAAAGGUUCAACUAUUUGUGUAUUUUAUGCUCAAAUAUGCCAUGGAGAUUUUACUUGCUGAAUCAAGUGUCAUCACUGGAUAUUAUUUUAUUUGGCAAAGCAGCAGUGUGGCAGUCUUUCUUGCAUGUCUCGGGCUAACAGUGCUUCCAGUAAACAUUAUUGUUGGAAACUAUAUCGGCAACAUGUUUGAAGAAAGGCAAGUCCUACUGGCAUCUGAAAUUAUGGUGUGUUUUGGUAUACUUCUAAGCUUCCAAGUAUUCAUCCCUUACUCUGUCCCUCAAUAUGUUGGCUCAGCUCUAAUCACAUUUGUAUCCGCUGAAGUCCUUGAAGGUGUGAACUUAUCACUCCUAUCUCGCGUCAUGUCAUCAAGGCUUUCCCGUGGCACAUACAAUGGUGGACUGCUUUCCACGGAAGCCGGGACCCUGGCUCGAGUAAUUGCAGAUGGUACAAUAACACUGUCUGGUUAUUUGGGUGAGAGUAGACUCUUGAAUAUCACCUUAGCUCCUGCACUCCUCAUCUGUAUUUCAUCCAUCAUUGCUACCUGCUUCACCUACAACUCUCUCUACUGAUGCCCUUGUUCACUCUUAACUUGAACAACUGUUGUAUAGCAUGGUUGUAUAUGCACACCAAUCAACGGUAGCCAAUGCUCUACAUUGCUAGUAUUCAGCAGAUAUAUAAAUAUAUAUAUAUAUAUAUAUCUAAAUGCUGUUGAGGAUGGGAUCUUUCAA